UUUUGGGGCUGCUCUAUGCUGUGCCGUGCGUGUCCCGUGUGUUCCAUCCCCGACACACACACGUACUCGCUGGCAGGACUUGGGCUCUCAGCAUCGCCGUCAACAGUCAGUCAAGUUAGUUUAUUCGUCAGCGUUAAGCCCAUCGCAAGUUUUUUUCCGACAUUUUCCUUUUCCCCUUGUUCGAAUUGUUCGCGUUACGUGAAAAAAUUUUCCACGCAGUGCGUGCAACAACAAACGAAAAGUUCCAACAACGGUAAACGUAACAGUGACUGCAACAUUAACAGCCAGCGCACUGUUAACACAAAGAAAAAGCAUAAUAAACAGCAUCAGCAGCAGAAGUAUCAGCAGAUCCUGUUAGUCAACGCUGUGCUGCUAACAACAACAACAACAACACUUAUAAUAAUAAUAAUAAUAAUCAUAACAAUACCAACAACAACAACAACUGCCAACUGGUUAAACGUCAUCAACCUGACGCCGCCGAAGCAAAAGAAACUGUCGUUGACGCUGUUGACGUCGUCGCCGUCGCCGUCGUCUUCGUCGUGGUCAUCAUCGUCCUCGUCGCCGUCGCCGUCGUCGUCGUCGUUGCCUUUGCCAUUGCCGUUACGAUUGCCAUUGGCAUUGCAAUUCCUUGCGGCACUCGUUCAGCUACUGCUCGUAACAACCAAUCAUAAAAGCGAGCUGCAUCAUAUGCUGUGCGAUUUAACCAUCCAGCGACAUACUGUGGCCAUUACCUAUGACCUCAGCGAAACACCAGCAAAAAAAGGCGCACCUCCAAUUCCACAAAAACGGAGUAAAAGCUUCGAACUGUGCAUGAAUUCAAAGAGGCGAACCAUAAGUCAUCGGACUUCAAGUAAUAGGCAUCGGAAGUUACAGCCGUUCAGGUACACGUGAGCCAACCAUUGUACCGUUCCAAUAGUUUUUUACUAAACAUACAACAAAACAUAAAAAACAAAAAAAAAAAAUUAAAAACUUAAAAAACAAAAAAAAAAAAAACACCAAUAGCUAAGACUAUGCCAGAUAUAUAGAGAGCAUAUAAAUACUACUACUACAGUAAAGCCUGCACUACAAAUCGAAAGGAAGGGGAAGAGGAGACGGCAGAAGGAACCACAAAAACCAAAAAAAAAAUAAAUAAAAAAAAAAGAUAAAAACUA